UUCUUUCUUAAGGAAGGAGCUCGUCGGAGGAAGCCAGAGAAAGCAGCGCAAGAAUGCCCUAAGGGCAGGGGGUUGGUGCCGCGCUGCCGUAGAGUCGGCGAAGGCGAAGCGCCUCUCUGGAAGCUGCCCAUCGUCCGCUGCCUGCCGCGCGUCCCGCCCGAGCUUGUCAAUGGAGCUGGAGAACAUAGUGGCCAACACGGUUUUGCUCAAAGCCAGAGAAGGAGGUGGAGGAAAGCGUAAAGGUAAAAGCAAAAAAUGGAAGGAAAUCCUGAAGUUUCCUCAUAUUAGCCAGUGUGAAGAUCUUCGAAGAACAAUAGAGAGAGAUUAUUACAGUUUAUGUGACAAGCAACCAAUAGGAAGAUUUCUCUUUCGGCAGUUCUGCGAGACUCGCCUGGAGCUCGAAUGCUGUAUUAAGUUUCUUGAUUCGGUGGCAGAAUAUGAACUACUUCCAGAUGAAAAAUUGGGAGAGAAAGGCAAAGAAAUUGUGAUGAAAUACCUCAUCCCAGGGUCUGCAGUUUAUGUAGCAGAAGCCAGUCAAGAUCUUGUACAGCAGAUAAAAGAAAAACUUGAAAACAGCCCAUGCAAAGAGCUGUUCUCACCCUGUGUAAAGUCGGUUCAUGAGUACCUAAGUGGAGAACCUUUUCAAGAAUACUCAGACAGCAUGUAUUUUGACAGAUUUCUCCAAUGGAAAUGGCUAGAAAGACAACCAGUAACAAAAAACACAUUUAGGCAAUACAGGGUAUUAGGAAAAGGUGGCUUUGGAGAGGUAUGCGCCUGCCAAGUACGAGCAACUGGGAAAAUGUAUGCAUGCAAAAGAUUAGAGAAAAAAAGAAUAAAGAAGAGGAAAGGUGAAUCCAUGGCCCUAAAUGAAAAGCAGAUUCUAGAAAAAGUCAAUAGUCAGUUUGUAGUCAAUCUAGCCUAUGCCUAUGAAACAAAGGACGCACUCUGCCUAGUUCUAACCAUAAUGAAUGGGGGAGACCUGAAAUUCCAUAUCUACAAUAUGGGAAACCCAGGCUUUGAAGAAGAAAGAGCUUUGUUUUAUGCUGCAGAGAUUCUUUGUGGCUUAGAAGACCUACACAGGGAAAACACUGUGUACAGAGAUUUGAAGCCAGAAAAUAUCCUGUUAGAUGAUUAUGGCCACAUCAGAAUAUCUGAUUUGGGUUUAGCUGUUAAAAUUCCUGAGGGUGACUCCAUCCGUGGACGAGUAGGAACAGUUGGUUAUAUGGCUCCAGAAGUCUUGAAUAACCAACGAUAUACCCUUAGCCCUGAUUACUGGGGAUUAGGCUGCUUAAUCUAUGAAAUGAUUGCAGGACAGUCACCGUUUCGAGGAAGGAAAGAGAAGGUGAAGCGGGAAGAAGUAGACAGGAGAGUCUUGGAGAUAGAAGAGGUGUAUUCCCAUAAAUUCUCUGAAGAGGCAAAGUCUAUCUGCAAAAUGCUACUGAGCAAAGAUGUGAAACAGAGGCUGGGAUGUCAGGACGGCAUAGCUGAAGUAAAGAGCCACCCAUUUUUCAAGAGCAUGAAUUUCAAACGUCUCCAAGCUGGAAUGCUGGAGCCUCCUUUCGUCCCUGAUCCGAGAGCAGUGUACUGCAAAGAUGUGUUGGACAUUGAGCAGUUUUCCACUGUCAAGGGAGUGAACCUGGACCAAACAGAUGAUGAUUUUUAUUCCAAGUUUUCUACAGGCUCUGUAUCUAUCCCAUGGCAAAAUGAGAUGAUAGAAACAGAAUGUUUUAAAGAACUAAACGUAUUUGGACCAAAUGGUACUAUCUCACCAGACCUUAACAAAAACUAUCCUCCAGAACCACCGAAGAAAGGUUUGCUGCAUCGAAUAUUUAAACGUCAGCAUCAGAACAAUUCCAAGAGCUCUCCAAACUCAAAGACCAAUUUAAAUCAUCACAUAAACUCCAAUCACGUCAGUUCAAACUCUACUGGGAGCAGUUAGCUUUUUCUGGCCUAUGGAUAUUACAUUCUUCCACUGAUAGAGUAUCAAGCAUCAAGGAUGAGAAAAGCACCUACCAUCGAGCUAGAAGAUCAACAGUUUCUAACCACGGAAGGUUUUUCCCUGCUGUCUGUUCCUUCUAGGGAAGCUUCCCAUUUUAUGAAGAUAUUUACUCUCAGGUCUGUUUUGGGGGGUGGAACUUGAGGUCUUAUGACUCAACAUUGUAGGAUACUGCAAUA